GAGGAUGGAGUAGCGCGCGCACCGACUACCCAACAGAAAUGUAUGAAGUGCCAUAAAACUCUUGUGUUCGCUCGACUUGGUUGACUGCUUGGAAUUUUGUGUUCAGUUGAAGUUGGUCCGUUGAAGUGGAAGCACAAAGUUAUUAUUUUCUUUACCCCAAGUUUGUUCGUGAACCGUAAUCAGUAUUUUAUUGUGCAAAAUAAACCGAACAUCAGUUGCGAGAAUGACAAAAGUGAUUGGGUACGAAAAAAGAAAUCGAUGACAUUGAAAUAUCAAAGUUAAUAUUGAAGUGAUCAAUUCUGUGGAAUACUUUAAAUAAAAUCUAGUUGGAACCCUCGGAAUACGAAAAAAACAGCCCGUGUAUCAAGGUACACAAAUGGGUGAAAAACUUGAGCUGGGGCAGCUGAAGCAAUGACAUCAACAAUUAAUGUUGCAGACAAGCUUUCCCGACCAAUCAGUGCCUAUGACAAUUUGGGCAAGAGUGAGGUGAAGAAGUGUGCCAGGGUAUCUCUGGAUGGGGAUGUAGUGAAGAAUGGGGGUUUUCCCUUCACAGAAAUCACAUUUAAGUUUGAUGACAUUCCUACCAGAAGAGUGAACGCGAGUGAGAGUGACGUCAUGGGGAGGAGUGAUGCUGGAGAUGUGACGCUUCAAGAGAGGCGGGAAGGUCAGACGGUGAGAGAUGAGAGAAGUUCUCCACCUGGAAGUCAGUGUGAAAAGCGCGAUGCUGACAAGAGUCAGUAUGUGAAUCUCAGUGAAACGGUGCAAAGUGAUGAACUGAGGCGUCAGAAUCACAAAACCUCUAUCAGUAGUGCAAAAUCGAAUUUUUUCGGUCUCAACGGCACCACAGAAUCUGGCCAGGAGGACAAGGGUGUUGUCCCCAGGCGCCGAAUAAGGCUGAAGAUGGACGAUGAUGAGGAUUCUGAGGAGUAUGGGGAGGAAACGGUCAAACUCCUCCCGGAAGUUCUCAAUACUUUCAAUACUCCUGCCAAUGCUUCCUCAUCCAAUAGUUACCAAAAUAUUCCCCUGAACAGUCACAAAUUCCAACAGCAGCUCAGCUAUGUUCAGGAAAUGAAGCUUGUGGAGUCAUCGUCAUCCUCAGAGUCCCCUGGAAAGAGUGAUGUCAUUCCCAGGAUUAAGAAUCAUGCAAGAUCCUCCUCACCAGACUCAAAUUCUCAUCGUCUCAGUCAACCUUCGCAGGCAGUUUAUAUGGCCACAACAGUGCCCCAAAAUAUGAAACCUCCACAAAUUACAGGACGCCAUGUCCCAACCAGAUCGAGUUUGAGGCACUCUCGAAUGCUGGUGGUCAAUAAGAAUUUCAAAGAUAAUGGGAAGCCAAAUCCAUUGAAUUUGCGCCAUCCAAAGUGGGGGAAAUUCUGCUUGGUCCUCCAGAUUUUGGCUGGGAUUAUGGCUAUUGCCAUUGGGCUGUGGCUGCUUCUUUGGGCUCCGAGUACGAGGCUUCAGGACAAUCCCUACUGGAAUGGAUUGAUUUUGAUUAUUUGUGGCUCCCUGGGCUGCUCCCUGCUGGACUUCAAACGUGCUCCACGUAGUAAAUCCCGCGAAAUGUGCUUCCGAAUCAUGAAGAUAAAAUUCAGUGUCUGCCUCCUUCUGGCCACUUUGGCUUCCCUUCUGGCCACUCUCUUCCCAGCCGUCCAUUUGGGUGCCUUGUCUGCCUCCUCAACAAACUGUCUUCCCUCCAACAUCUUCACCGUCAGCUCCACAUGCGUCUGUCUGUUCGGAAGACGCAAUGAGACCACAGAUCAUCUGGAAAUCCUCAAGCAUACAAAUGGAGACUCCCCUGAGGAUCCAGAAAGAGCCUUAGCGGACACUGGAGGCACAGAAUUUCACUACAGGGACCUCAAUUGCCGAGAAGUCGAAGGACCUUUCAGAUACAUCCUGAUGGGAUCCAUCGUUACAAAUUUAAUCGGAUUUGUAGCUGCAGCUGCUGUGCUGAUUCUCUACUGGACAGGGAGACGACAGAGACGAAGAUAUACCGUUGAGGAUCAUCAUCCGGCAAUUACUCAGCUUCCGGAAUGAAAAAAGUGUGAUUUAGAUGGUUUUUUCUGGGAUUCGACAAUUUUGUAAGGUAUUUUUUCAAUACAUUGACCUUCUCCAAAGGAUUCGGUUUCGCGAAUGCUGAGGAGAAAAAGAAUUAA